UCUCUUAUAUACAUUUAGUUCGUUCUAUAAAAGAAGAAGAAGGAGAAGAAGGAGAAGGACAAGAAGAAGAAGAAGAAGAAGGAGAAGAAUAAGAAGAAGAAGAAGGAGAAGGAGAAGAAAGAAGCCGUAGAAAUGGUUACUGUAGUAUCUCAAGAAGACAUGGCGGCUCUGGUUUCUCGAACUGGAAGACAACUUCAGCGUUACAACAAAGCCGGCCGCCGUCAAGUUGUUGGAUGUAUACCAUAUAGAUAUAAAAUGAUGACGGACGAAAACUCCUUAGAGGGUGAAGAAAAUUUACAAGUUCUUCUCAUCAGUUCACAGAAAGGCAAAGGAAUGUUGUUUCCUAAGGGAGGAUGGGAAUUAGAUGAAUCCAAAAAAGAAGCAGCUUCUCGGGAGAGUCUUGAGGAAGCUGGUGUACGCGGCAUUGUUGAGGCUAAGUUGGGUAAAUGGAUUUUUAAGAGCAAAACUUAUGAUACAUUCUAUGAAGGAUACAUGUUCCCUCUAUUUGUUCAAGAAGAAUUAGAUAUCUGGCCUGAGAAAAACGUUCGUAAAAGACAAUGGGUGAAUGUGACAGAAGCUCGGAGAAGUUGCCAACAUUGGUGGAUGAAAGAAGCUUUAGAUAUAUUAGUUCGACGACUUGCAACUCAACAACGACAUAAUCAUUUUACUCAUAAAGAAAUAGGGUAUUCUUCUUUAAGCUAAUGUGAAAAAGCUAAGGUGAUAAUAAAUUGUAUAUACACAAUCGUGAGAUAUGUAAAGAAGAAUUUGAGAGUCCAAACGAACAAGAUCCAAGAUCAAGAAUAGAAAACUUGUAGUUGUUUGGAGGGAAAAAAAAAACACUAGAAAUGUGAAGAGAGAAAUAUGAAAAUUUACUUAUUGAGAAAUAUGAGUUUGUA